AUUUGAUUCUCUUGAGUUUAUGAGAAACCAGAAAAGGGGAAAAAAAAGAGAAUAAUUUUCUGGUUCCUUCCAUAGCUCACUGGGAUCAUCAAAUCCCUCCAUUGCCAACACUUGGUUUUUGAAUUUAGAUUCGUCCUCGCUUCGAUCUGGAUUCUCAGGUUUUCCUGGUGUGAUUUCUGUGGUGGGUGGUCAGAAGGUCUGCUUCGUGAAUUUGAUGGUGGUUUCUUUUGGCAUUCGAAGAGUACGAGGACAUCAGGAAGAUGAGCUGCUUCAAUUGCUGCAUGUCACAGGAGAAACUUGCAAGGAAGUCUCUAAAGAAGAGCAUCCAGGAGUAUCAUGACACGAAAACCUUAGCAUCGUUUGCGAACAUCUCCUUUAAAUCAGACAGCAGUCGACGAAGGUACAUAACCGAAGAGAUCAAGAAAAUCGGAAAAGGGAACAUUUCAGCACAGAUCUUUACGUUCCGGGAGCUAUGUGUUGCCACACAGAACUUCAACCCCGAUUCCCUGUUGGGCGAAGGUGGUUUUGGAAGGGUCUACAAAGGCACUCUUGAAGGCAAAAACCAGGUGGUGGCAGUGAAGCAAUUAGACAGGAAUGGAUUCCAAGGGAAUAGGGAGUUUCUGGUGGAAGUGCUGAUGCUGAGUCUGCUUCAUCAUCCACACCUUGUCAACUUGGCGGGUUACUGUUGUGAUGGUGAUCAGAGGAUCUUGGUCUAUGAAUACAUGUCCAACGGCUCUCUCGAGGAUCACCUCCUUGAGCUGCCUCCUGGCCGGAAGCCGCUGGACUGGAAUACGAGGAUGAAGAUUGCCUCAGGUGCAGCUAAGGGGCUCGAGUACUUGCAUGAGAAAGCAAACCCACCAGUGAUCUACAGAGACUUCAAGGCCUCGAAUAUUUUACUAGAUGAGGAUUUCAACCCGAAGCUCUCUGACUUUGGGCUCGCGAAGCUGGGGCCGACAGGGGACAAGACCCACGUGUCUACCCGUGUCAUGGGCACGUAUGGGUACUGUGCGCCCGAGUAUGCAUUGACUGGGCAGCUGACAACCAAGUCAGAUGUCUACAGCUUCGGGGUUGUGUUUUUGGAGAUAAUCACCGGAAGGAGGGUCAUCGACAACAGUAGACCGACCGAGGAGCAGAACUUAGUCACCUGGGCACAACCACUAUUCAAGGACAGAAGGAAGUUCACCUUGAUGGCGGACCUGGCGCUUGAAGGGAACUACCCGACAAAAGGUCUCUACCAGGCGCUCGCAGUGGCAGCAAUGUGCCUCCAGGAGGAAGCGACCACCCGGCCACUUAUCAGCGAUGUCGUGACGGCCAUUGAGUUUUUAGCCCAGGACAAGACCAACCCCGAAGAUCUCGAAGGUGAGGACCAGGAAGACGACAAUGAUGAGAAGUCGGCCGGUUCUGAUAGAUCAGAUAGUGAAGAUGAGGGAAAUGAAGGUAAAGAAUGACAUUGGCUAAAACAUCUACAGAUGCUGUGAUCUUUUUCACAUGGAGAGGAGAUGGACGAGGACAAGGAGGAACUGCCAUCAAUGAACAUGUCGCAGCAAAUUGUGUAUUGACGGAUCCUGUCAUCAUAGAACUAUCAUCUUCUUUUAACCUAUUGCUUUCUUCAAAUCGCAUCUCAUGGGCUGAUUGUAGAUGCCAAAUUCCCUUCAGUUUCGCAUGUAAAUUGGUGGGUUGUCGAAUUUUCAUUUUUUUGUGGUGGUCGAGCCUGUAUAUGUGAACUCGAUGUGCAAUACGAGGAGUUUGGUUAUU